GUGGCAUCUUGCGUGCUUUGCUUCGAAGUUCUUGCUGCUUUUCAGCCGUGGCUUUUUCUAUGGCAAAACUGUCUUCCAGCGGAGAUGUUGCGGUUUGCUUGCCAUGUAUCCGGACCUCAUUACGGCAUCAAUUGCAAAGGCGUCGUCGUGCCUUUGCCCCCUUGUGUCAGGUCUUUAUGUAUCCUGGGUCCUGCCACUCGCUUGCGGCACGGAUCGCUCGUAUGUAAAGGGUAGGUUUCCCAUACAUCCCCUGCUGUACCAGUCCAUCCGUUCAUCCAGAGGUGGUUGCAUUCAGCACAGCCUCGUCAUCUCCCACCCUACACAUCCUCGCCAUGUCGCAAUCCAUACCAGAUCAGCACUCAAAACAACUUCCAUCUCCCAAAGUCAAAGCACCGUUCGAUAUUGACGAGUACCUCAACCCUUUCAUACCGCGAAACCCAUUAUACCUCCUCCCAACAUGGAUGUCAUACUGGUUCGGCUAUCGCGCAACAAACUCAGCGCCAAAACAGUCGACACACCGUUACGCGCUGCACACCUUGACACUUUACGCAUCAGUAAUGAUCGGCGCCUUCUGUGGGCUAGCCAUCAUUGAGAACGUCUUUCUCGCUCUUCCACCCCUAUCAGGCCACGCCGUCCCCAUUAUCGUCGCGUCCUUCGGCGCCGCUGCCAUCUUAGAGUACAACACCAUCGAGUCUCCUCUGUCUCAGCCCCGCAAUCUGAUAUUCGGGCAUUUUCUCUCCGCUACCGUUGCCGUCGGCAUCACCAAGCUCUUUGAACACUUGCCGCCCACUCGAUUCGAUGAUCUGCGAUGGCUGGCCGGCGCUUUGGCCGUCGGCGUCGCCAGCAUGCUCAUGAGCUUUACGAAGACUGUGCAUCCGCCAGCGGGUGCUACGGCAUUACUCGCCGCAACGAAUGCCGACAUCCAAGUUUUGGGCUGGUGGCUUCUUCCCCUAGUCUUGUUGGCGGCGUCGCUGAUGCUGGCCAGCGCACUGGUUUUGAACAACGCUGCUGGCCGCCGGUUCCCGGUGUACUGGUGGACUCCUGUCGACCUUAAAGCGCUGAGGGAGGAGAGACGGCAGGAGAAACUGACCAGAAAGGAUCAGGAUGCUGAGAAGGGGACUUCAAGUGGACCUCCCAGCGAGGGCAUGUCCGAUGCUGAUACAGAGGCUGGUUCGCAUGUCGGCGAUCUCAGGAAAGUGGAGACUGGUGUUUCCAGGUCGUCGAUGUCCGGGUUGUCGAUGGCCAGGACGACGUCGUACUCGGCUGGGAGUCGAGUGCCGCAUUCCAAUACUCAAGAGCAUUUAUCAGGCGAGGUCGGACAGGGACAGGAUGAGAGGAUUGUUAUCACCAAAGACUCGAUCACCCUACCUGAUUGGUUCGAGGCAAGUGAUUGGGAAGACGAGGUUUUGCGGAUCUUGAUGGAACGGUUGCGGAGUAGGAGUAGUGAGUGAUGGGCUUUAAUUUGACCAUCUGUUUGUCUCUAUACAUAGCGUUUUGUCGACUAUUAGCGGGGGGGGCGUUAGGUCUUGGAAAGGCAUUACUACUAGUAUUUCUGGUCGGGAUAUGCAUUUUCUAACGGAGCGGGUUGGUUCCUUCUCAUGGCUAUAUCC